CUAAAUUUUUUUAUUUCAGAUAAAAAAUGGGUUUGGAUGAUGAAAUGUCAAUGUUUUGUGAACUAGUUAAGGAUAUUACUUCGAGUUCCCAUGGAAAACCUGGAAACACACAGGAUGACUUGGAGAAGGAAACUGAGGAGUUGGAUACCAAGAUUCAGGAGAUUCUCAACUCCAUACAGAACCAUAAGUUUACUGUAGAACGAGAGCAGGAGAAGAUGAGGGAGAAAAGGGAGAGGAUAAGGAUAGAGUUGGAGGAGGAGCGGAAGAGGUUGGUUGGAUCCAGGGUGGAGCUGGAUCAACUAGAGAUUAAGCACGAGAACAAUCUCCGGGAUAUUCAGGAGAAAGAAAAGGAGUUAACUCGGGCAAAGGCUUCUGUUGAAGAGAUGUUGGGUAAUAUUCCUAAACUAACGGAGAUAAAACAACUCUACUACUCUGUGUCCAGGCUAACCUUUGACAAGAAAGCCAAACCAAACACAGUCAGGGGGUUUGUGUUGAACCCCAGGAAGGAUGACGUAAACGUGUUCGAUUUCAACUACACCACCCCUGGGAUUACGAAGCAGUUCGUUAGAAACUACCUUUGGGACGCCAUUGCAGCAGGGGUUAAUCCUGUGUGGGACACCCUAUAGUUAAGUCUAUUUCGGGACACCUUGAAGAACAGCCUAUUUUGUAACACUCUGUAGACAAGUCUAUUAUGGGAAACCUUGUAGGCAAGUCUAUUUUGGGAUACCCUAUAGACAAGUCUUUCAGGACACAUUGUAGACAAGUCUAUUUCGGGACACCAUGUUGACAUGUUUAUUUUGGGACAUCCUAUAAUUUAGUGGGACCCCCUGUAGGCAUGUCUUUUUUGGGGACACUCUGUAAACAAAUCUAUUUUGGGACACCAUGUAGAGAAGUCUAUUUCAGGACACCCAACAGAUAAGUCUAUUUCGGGGCACCCAACAGAUAAGUCUAUUUCGGGGAACCCUACAGAUAAGUCUAUUUCGGGACACAAUGUAGACAAGUCUAUUUCGGGACACCCUAUAGUCAAGUCUAUUUCGGGACA